AUGUAUUUGGUUGCCUACGUCACAAACAACGCCCAUCACCUCCACCAUCUACCACUACCACCACCUGCCAUCGUCACCACCCGCCACCAACCUUCGUCGACCACCACCACCGACCACCACCACCACCGUCCUCCACCGCGGCCCACCGCCAUCCACUACCAUCGCUGCCACCCGUCAUCGCAAACCACCGCCACCCUCCGCCGACCACCACCACCAUCCUCCCCGCUGCCACCACCCGCUACCGUCGACCACCACCACCCAUCGUCGUCGUCGCCGCCACCACCCGUCACCACCACCAUGGACCACCAUUGCCGCCACCCGCCACCACCGACCACCACCACCCGACCACUACAGCCACCCUCCGACGGCCACCACCACCACCAUCCUCUGCGGCCACCUCCCGCUACCGUCGACCACCACCACCCACCGUCGUCACCACCACCAUCGCUGCCACAACCAUCGACAACCGCCACCCUCCGCCGACCACCACCACCAUCCUCCGUGGCCACGACCCGCUACCGUCAACCACCACCACCCACCGUCGUCGCCACCACCAUCGCCGCCACCUGUCACCGCAGACCACCACCAACCCCGACCAUCGCCGCCGCCACCGCUAACAACCGUCACCCACCGACCACCGCCACCCACCACUGCUACCACCGACCACCGCCACCCAUCGCUGCCACCGCCACUAGCCGCCACCGAUCACGCCACCACCCAUCGCCGAUUUAA